AUGGGUGCCAGGUACGGCGCGGAGAGCUGGGCCGAGCAUGCUGAGAGCCUGGAGACCCGACGGCGGCCGGGAUUUCCGUCUCUCUCUCUGUAUAUAUCUAAACGAGUCCCUCUGUACAUGUAUUUAACUGUGGGGUCACGUGCGUGUGUCUGUGCGAUGUGCGUGUAUCGCGUGUGUGCGUGUGUGGGGCCGCCCGCGACGGGGGCAGGAAGAGUGUGCGUGCGCCCAGGAGGCGCGGGGCGCUGUCUGUCUCCUGAUUUCUUACCUCUCAAGCCCCUCCUGUACUUCCCUGAAGGGUGUCACUUUGGCGGGGUUGGAAACAAAAGUCGGACAUUAAAGGUCGUUUCUCCUGUGCGGCUUUGA